AAAAUGUAUUUAUAUUCUUCUAAUCCUCCGUUUAGACCGUUUUUCGAUGUCUCCCCAAUUAGAGAAUGCUUAAGUUACCCAAAGGUCUAAAAAAGAAAAAGAAGAAGUCCAAAAAGGAUCAAGAACUUUUCACCGAAGAAGAACUAGCAGAGUAUAAACGCCAACUAAAGGCCAAGCAGGAGGCUGCUGCUGCUAAAUCCGAUGCCGGUGAAUCCGAUGCAGCAUCAGAUGUUGAAGGUUUAGCAACAACAGCUACAACAUCCAAUACUGCUUCGACCUCUGAGUUAGCGCACGCGAACGCUCAAUCUGCCAGUCACAACGAAGAGUCAUCAAACGGUUCUCAGGCGGCUGCAACAACAACUACCAGCACAGCGGAGGACGACGAAUGGGCGAAGUUUAAAGCGCUCACCUCGAAAGUUGAUACUGUACUCCAUAAGACCCAAGACGAGCUAGAUCACAUCAAAAAGGAAUCCUUCUAUCAGCGUCUGCCUUCGGCGGCUGAAAAGAAACGACUCGAAGAAGAGGAGGCAGCCCGACGUGAGGCUGAACGUUUAGAGGAGGAGAAACGUAAGGCAGCCGAACUAGAAGCCCAGCGUGAUAAGUUAGCUGAGGCUGUAGUAGAGCUAUCCGAGUCGGAGGACGAAGACGACGCCGAAGUUGAUGAUAUUUUCGUUACCGAAUACGUUGAUGCCAUAACCAGUGGUGAAAUCCAACUAGCCGUUGUUCCCGAUUCACCAGUUUUAGAUUUUGACGACGGUCCCGAUCCCUUUGAUACUGCCUACGCCGAGAAAGUCAUAGUUGGUGCUGAUAAGGCCAAGGGUAACAAGAAAUUGGUAAGCCUUGGGGCUGCCGUUGAGGUCCUUUCGGGACGUGUAGAACGUGAAAAAGCCCUUGAACUAGCCAAACCAAAGCGCAAACUACGCAAGGGCAUCAAAAAUCUUUUACUCAGCGAUUCAGUUGAUCUAGCCGAUGCGGAUGAAGAGGAUCUCAUUGCACCAGAACCACAAAUAAAUCUAUUAGAUGAAUUGGUCAAUGAUGUGCCAGAUGCUCCCAUUGAUCUAAGUGUUUCGCUGCAUUUGAAUUUUAUACAACCCAAGAAGCCACCAUCUGAGGAGGAAGAAGAAGAACCAGAACCAGCCCUACCCGAUUUAUCGGAGUUCGACACACUCAAGGAUCCAGAGGAUGAUGAGUUUGCUGAAUUAGCCGCCGAGUCAUUGAAUAAAAAAGAAGAAGUUAAGGUUAUCAAAGAAAUACCCCUGCCACAGGCAGAGGUCCUUACCGAAUUAGCUGCAGCCGAUUGGGCUGAAUUUGAAAAAUUACCCGAAGAGGAAGAGAGUGGUAAACCCAAGCGACCACCACCACCAAAUCUACCACCCGGUGUGGUCUUCAUUAGUGACGACGAGGAGGAGGAUAACCAAGACGACGAUCCCUUCAAUACCAAUUACGCCGAAGUUGUAAUCAAGAAAACCACUGUACUUGAAGAAGACGACGAAUUUGAUCCAAGGGCCGAAGAAAAGGCUGCACCACCCGAGAGGCCCUCACCGCCAUCGGUGAUAACUAAAAUACUCUCUGAAAAGGCAGAGGUUGAUCCAUUUGAUACCUCUGUUGUGGGAGUGAUAAUUCAAGCUUCUAAGACCACAUUAAAGCAAUCGUUAAGUGAUCCCGAUUUUGAUCCCAGGGCGGACGAAGAGCCAGCCCCAGCACCUGUAGCCGCAGCCAACAAGGCACCACCCCCAAGGCCACCACCAGUUGUACAGCCUUCGACAGAAGAGGAAUUCGAUCCAGUGCGUCGUAAGUCUUCGCUGAGUCUUACCCUCAAGAACAAAGCAGUUGGUUUCUUGGUACCAAAUCCCGAUCUAUUGGGUGCCGCAGAGGGUGCUAGCAAUAACAAGAAACCGCUAACACCUUACUACGCACCCAGUGAGGCAGGAUUCAGUGACAGCCAGUUAGAGGAUCCUUUCGAUACCUCAUACGUACCCGAAGCCAAACCAACUGAGGUUGAAUUGAAACAUUUGGAACACGAUUUGUUAUCGAAUCCCACACUAAAGCAUAGCAUUUCCGAUCCAGAUUUUGAUCCACGUGCACCACCCACACCAGUACCUGCUGAAGAUUUGUUGGCUGUCAAGGAAGAUAUUGCCAUAAAGGUCUUGACUCCGGCCCAGGAAAGUAAAGAUUUACCAGACGAUUCGGCUGCGGAAUUUGUGGAUCCAUUCGAUACAUCCAUUGCAGCUGAUAUUAGACCCGGUCAAACCGAACUUAAACUAUUGGAAAGUGAAUUACUACCCCAGAGAGAGGCGGAAAUAACCACAGGAGUUCUCGAUACACAAACGGACGCCCAAGAAUUGGGUUUGGGCGAUAAGGUUUUAACACCUCAACUGCCGCACAAAAAUAUCGUGGUAGCUGAGGAUAUUGAUCCUUUCGAUACCUCAAUUGCUGAAAAUCUACAACCAGGAGAAACUGAAAUUAAACUAUUAGAAAACGAGCUCAUUGAGCAUUAA